AUGACCAUGAAUAUAAUCUUGGCUGAUGUCACGCAAGCACUUUCAACGUUGCUUCCCAAUUUGGGGGGCCCGAGCGCCGCCUGUAGGCGGUUGUACGUGGAAAUGGUGCGGUCCAUAGCUCUGUAUGGGGCCCCUGUGUGGGCGAUGGACAUGACGGCCAGCACUCUCGCCAUUCUGCACAGGGAGCCGGACGCUCGAUGCCACCACUGCGUCCACUGCGGGGAGGACACGGCGCAACACACGCUCGCCGAGUGUGUAGCUUGGGAGGAGCAGCGCCGCGUCCUCACAAAUAAAGUAGGAAGCGAUUUGUCGCUGCCGGCCGUAGUGCGGAGGAUGGUCGGCAGCGCAGAGUCGUGGGACGCCGUGGUGUCCUUCUGCAAGGACGUGAUAUCGCAGAAGGAAACUGCGGAACGGGAGAGGGAGAUCUCGACUCCCUUCCCCGGCCGCAGAAGGUGCACCGGGCGCAGGAGAAGGGCGGACAACGCCCUUUUCCGCCCCCCAUGA